AUGGCAGCACAUCAACACCAUCUCGAGACGCAGUCUUCGCACUCAUCAUUCCAAGACACUGUCAUGGGCUCGAAACCAGACUUGCUGCGGGCGGAACAGGGCGAAAAACACGGCAUGUUUGAUGAGGAGAAGGGAGCAGUUGCUACGGCCGAAAGACCCACAUUUGGAGAUGAUGGACAACGAGAUGCAGUUGCUACACCGCCGCCGGCGUUUGACCCUAGAGAUAACCCUGACGGUGGGCGUGAUGCAUGUGUGAUGCCCACCUGGUUCUUCAAGAAGCGUGCCGCUGCUUUCGGUAUCAUGGCUGCUGGAUCCUCUACGGGCGGUGCGAUCUUCCCAAUCAUGGUCAACAAACUGAUUCCCAGAAUCGGAUUUGGCUGGACAAUGCGCGUCUGUGGGUUUUUGGUUCUCGCUCUCAUGCUCGUCGCCAACGCAACCGUCAAGUCACGCCUUCCGCCUCGACCCAAGCCUUUCCACAUCAUGCAGUUCAUUCGGCCGCUCAAGGAAACACCAUACUUGCUUACCGUGCUGGGAAGCUUCUUUUUCUUCUUUGCCAUGUUCUUGCCGAUUAAUUAUCUUAUCCUUCAAGCACAGACUCUAGGCAUGUCUUCGAGGCUGGCUGAGUACCUGGUUCCCAUCUUAAAUGGUGCGUCUUUCUUCGGUCGUGUGUUGCCUGGCGUUGCAGCAGACAAGAUCGGUCGAUACAACGUCAUGACCAUCAUGAUGGCAUUCGCAGGCAUCUUGAUCCUCGCCCUCUGGCUACCAGCCGCAUCCAAUGCUCCCAUCAUCGUCUUUGCCGCUCUCUAUGGCUUUGGAAGUGGUUCCUUUGUCUCUCUUGCCCCUUCCUUGGUUGCUCAGAUCUCGGAUGUCAGAGAGAUUGGAGUCAGGAACGGUACAGUGUUUGCAAUCAUCUCGUUUGCAGCAUUGUGCAGUAAUCCCAUCGGUGGAGCUUUGAUUACUCGGUGGGAGGGCGAGUAUACGGGUCUUCAAAUCUUUGGCGGUAUCAUGGCGUUGAGUGGUGCUUGCACGAUUCUGGCUGCUAGGAUAGUUUUGGCUGGGACGAAGAUUGCUGCUAAGGUGUAA